AUCCCUUCAAUAUAAGGAAGAGUUCCAUUCAAGAGCAGGACCUCGAUGGAGCAUUUAUGUGGACCAAAACUUAAAUUCUGGGAACCGAAUCAGACUCUGUACACGGACAGUCCUGACCUGUCAGAAUGCUUUCAGCUGUCUGUUCUCUCGUGGAUCCCCUGUAUCUAUCUAUGGCUCGCCUCUCCUUUCUACAUACUCUAUCUCAAGAGGAACAACAAAGGCUACAUAAUGAUGUCUAUUCUAAAUCGGGUCAAAACGGUGUUUGGCUUUAUAUUAUGGAUAGUAUGCUGGGCAGACCUUUUCUCUUCCCUUCAUGAGUGGCAGCAGGGCCAUUCCAAGCCACCGAUAUACUUUGUUACCCCUUUAGUGGUUGGCAUGACAAUGCUGUUAGCUACCUUCCUGAUCCAGUUUGAGCGUCUGAGAGGUGUGCAGUCAUCUGGAGUGCUCUUCAUGUUCUGGGCACUGUCAAUAUUGUGUGCCAUCGUGCCUUUCCGCUCCAAGAUCAUCCAGGCCACUGAAAAGGAGGUCACAGACAAGCUGCGGUUUACAACGUUCUACAUAUAUUUUGGCUUGACUCUGGCAGAGCUUAUACUCUCCUGCUUUAAUGAGAAGCCCCCUCUGUUCUCCAGCGUGGUCUCAGACCCUAAUCCGUGUCCUGAAACAAAUGCUGGCUUCAUCUCAACCGUGACCUUCUGGUGGUUUACAAGCAUGGCUAUCAAAGGCUUCAGAUCUCCCUUAGAAGCCAAAGACUUAUGGUCGCUGAACAAGCAGGACAGUUCAGAUGUUGUGGUGCCCCAGCUGCUCAAAGAGUGGAACGUGGAGAAGUCCAAAGCACAGCGGUACGCUUUACCCGUACCCGGCUCGGAGACCAAUCACGUCGGCGUCGCCCCAGAAGAGGUGGAGGUGUUGCUGUCCAAGCAGAAGAAGUCGCACCAGCCCUCCUUCCUCCGCGCCCUGCUGCGGGCGUUUGGGCCAUACUUCCUCAUCGGCUCGGCCUUCAAACUGGUCCAGGACCUCAUCACUUUCGUUAACCCCCAGCUGCUCAGCAUGUUAAUCUCGUUCACCAAGCAGAAGGGCGCUCCGUCGUGGUGGGGGUUCACUCUGGCCUUUCUGAUGUUUGGCAGUGCCCUGUUACAGACCCUUAUCCUCCACCAUCACUUUCAGUACUGCUUUGUUACUGGCAUGAAACUCCGCACGGCUAUCAUAGGAGCCAUUUACAGGAAGUCACUCGUCAUCACUAACGCGGCCAAGCGUUCCUCCACCGUGGGCGAGGUGGUAAACCUGAUGUCUGUGGACGCCCAGCGCUUCAUGGACCUCACCACAUUCCUUAACAUGCUGUGGUCAGCGCCGCUGCAGAUAGUCUUGGCACUGUUCUUUCUCUGGCAGAACCUGGGUCCCUCUGUGCUAGCUGGAGUGGCUGUGAUGAUUCUGCUAAUCCCCUUCAAUGCAGUCAUCGCGAUGAAAACCAGAGCUUAUCAGGUGGAGCAGAUGGAGUACAAGGACGCACGUAUCAAGCUGAUGAACGAGAUUCUGAACGGCAUAAAAGUGCUAAAGCUCUAUGCCUGGGAGAUCUCCUUCAAAGAGAAAGUGCUCCAGAUCCGACAGAAAGAGCUCAACGUGCUUCGUAAGACUGCCUAUCUCAGCGCCCUCUCCAUCAUGGCCUGGACCAGUGCUCCCUUUCUGGUUGCCUUGACAACAUUUGCUGUGUAUGUGACUGUAGAUGAAAAUAACGUAUUGGAUGCUGAGAAGGCAUUCGUCUCCCUGGCUCUGUUCAACAUUUUAAGGUUCCCUUUGAAUAUGCUUCCGCAAGUCAUAAGCAGCAUUGUGCAAGCCGGCGUGUCUUUGAAACGUAUUCAGAGUUUCCUGUGUCAUGAUGAGCUAGACCCUGACAGCAUUGACAGAAAACCAACAGCUUCGGAGUACGCAGUAACUGUUGUCAACGGGAAGUUCUCGUGGGCAAAGGAAGAUCCAGCUACUCUUCACAACAUUAACGUGAUGGUACCUCAGGGAUCCCUGUUGGCGGUCGUCGGACACGUCGGCUGCGGGAAGUCCUCCCUGGUGGCCGCCCUGCUGGGAGAAAUGGAGAAACUGGAGGGACAGAUCUCUGUGCGGGUGUGUUGGCGGAGUCACAUAUUGACUCGUGGCUCCGUGGCUUAUGUGCCCCAACAAGCGUGGAUCCAGAACGCCACCCUGAGAGAUAACAUACUGUUCGGAAAGCCCUACGAUGAGAGAAAAUAUCGUUGUAUCCUUGAGGCCUGUGCCCUCACGCCAGACUUAGAGGUGCUUCCUGGGGGCGACCUGACUGAAAUAGGGGAAAAGGGUAUCAACCUGUCUGGGGGGCAGAGACAGAGAGUGAGUCUGGCCAGGGCGCUGUACAGUGAGGCAGAUAUCUACCUGCUGGAUGAUCCGUUGUCUGCAGUGGAUGCACAUGUGGCAAAGCACAUUUUUGACCAUGUCAUCGGCCCAGAGGGAGAACUUAGUGGGAAGACACGUAUCCUGGUGACCCACGGCAUCAGCUUCCUGCCUCAGGUCGAUAACAUCCUGGUGAUGGUCGAGGGUAGAGUGUCGGAGAUGGGUUCUUACCAGGACCUUCUCAAACAGAACGGUGCCUUCGCAGAGUUCCUCAGAAACUACUCUCUGGAAGACAUCAUCGAAGAUGAUGAAGUCACCGAGGUACUGCUGGAUGAAGAGGAGUCCUUCCCCGAUGACGCUCUGAGUAAUCACACAGAUAUGGUGGAUAACGAGCCUGUGGUUAACGAGGCCCGGAGACAGUUUAUGAGACAGCUGAGUAGCAUGUCGAUGGAUCCGGAGAACCCAAAGACCAGGUCGGUCCGGAGGCGUCGCUGCAGCGAGAGGAGGCCCGGCGAGCCACCACAGGAGAAAAAGGAUCAGAAGGUGGAGAAGCUGAUUCAGGCCGAGACCACCGAGACGGGACGGGUGAAGUUUAAAGUCUACUGGGAGUACGCCAAAGCGGUGGGGCCUCUGCUGUCUGUCUGCAUCUGCUUUUUGUACGCGUGCCAGAACGCAGCUGCCAUUGGAGCCAACAUCUGGCUUAGCCAGUGGACUAAUGACGCACAGCUUAACAGGACUGAGGAAAAUGUACAGAUGAGGGUGGGGGUGUACGCCGCUCUCGGUAUUUCACAAGGUGCGCUGAUUCUGGCUAACUGUUUACUGUGCCGGGCCUACAGUAUGCUGAAGGCAGCUCACACUACCCACCUCAAUAUGCUCCACGCCAUUCUGAGAGCUCCCCAGGGCUUUUUUGAGGCCACUCCCACUGGGAGGGUCUUGAAUCGCUUCAGCAAAGAUGUGGACACAAUAGACACUCUCAUUCCAGACAAUAUUGAUAUCUGGAUGCGCACUUUCUGGUACACAGUAAAUGUGCUGCUCAUAUGCUCUGCCCUCACCCCUAUGUUCCUCAUAGUCAUAGUGCCGUUAAUGAUGUUCUAUUGGUGGGUCCAGAGAUUUUAUGUUGCCACAUCACGGCAGCUAAAGAGACUGGAGUCGGUCAGUAGGUCACCCAUAUACUCUCAUUUUUCGGAGACCGUCACUGGCACUAGUGUGAUCCGUGCCUACGGGCGAAAUGAAGCCUUUGUGCUCAUGAGUGAUAUGAAAGUGGAUGAAAACCAAAAGAGUUACUACCCUGGUAUUGUUUCAAACAGGUGGCUGGGGGUGCGCAUUGAGUUCAUUGGGAAUUGCAUUGUGCUGUUUGCCGCUCUGUUUGCGGUCAUCGGGAAGGACAAGCUGAAUCCAGGCUUGGUUGGGCUCUCAGUGUCAUAUGCACUACAGGUCACUAUGUCUUUGAACUGGAUGGUGAGAAUGACCUCUGACCUUGAGAGCAACAUUGUAGCUGUGGAGAGAGUGAAGGAAUACUCAGAAACACCGACUGAGGCUCCAUGGGAAGUAGAGAAUAAGAAGCCUCCACAUGACUGGCCAGCUCAGGGGAAUGUAGAGUUUGUUGACUACAGCGUACGAUACCGGGAGGGGUUAGACCUGGUACUCAGGAAUCUCUCACUGAAGGUCAAAGGAGGAGAAAAGAUUGGAAUUGUGGGAAGGACAGGUGCCGGCAAGUCCUCCAUGACUCUGUGCCUGUUUCGUCUGUUGGAAGCGGCAGGUGGUGAGAUCACCAUCGACGGGGUGAAGAUCGCUGAGAUCGGACUCCACGACCUCAGGUCCAAACUUACCAUCAUCCCUCAGGAACCUGUGUUAUUCUCUGGGACUCUGCGGAUGAAUCUUGACCCCUUCGAUAAAUAUAACGAUGAGGAAGUGUGGAAGGCUCUAGAACUUUCUCAUCUUCACAAAUUUGUCAGUAAUCAGCCUGCUCAACUCAAUGUUGAGUGCUCUGAAGGAGGAGAAAAUCUAAGCGUGGGUCAGAGGCAGCUGGUGUGUCUGGCAAGAGCCUUGCUGAGGAAGACCAGAAUCCUCAUCCUCGACGAGGCCACCGCAGCCAUCGACCUGGAGACAGAUGACCUCAUUCAGUCCACCAUCCGAACACAGUUUGAGGACUGCACAGUUUUCACAAUCGCUCAUAGACUCAACACCAUCAUGGACUACACUAGAGUGCUUGUGUUGGACAAGGGACAGAUAGCAGAAUUUGAUACACCAACGAACCUUAUCGCUCAGAAAGGAAUAUUCUACGGAAUGGCAAAAGACGCAGGGUUGGCGUAAUCUCACUACACUGUAUAAAUCCAACAGUGCCUUCAUGCAAAAUAGAAAACCAGUGAAUGUAUCUUUUUUUUUUUUUUUACUCAGCAGUAAGCUGCAUCCAGGACCUAUCUAUGUUUUUAUGUCAUUUUUUUUUGUUUGUUUCUUAAGAACUGCAGUGCCACUGUUCUUGUGACGAGCGCGUUUGUGAUGAAGCCGUCUAUUUUUGUACUGUAUCGUUUAAGUUACUUUUUU